AUGGCGGGCUGCUUCUGGCAUGUGUACUGGGGUGUCCCCUCAGAAAGUGGAAAAGUCGCCAUUGUUCGCUCGUCGCGAAAAAGUGAAAAAUCAAAAAGUGGGCAGUCGCCUGUAACAAAUUUCCGGGAUUCCGCACCUGUAGCGACAGCCAGCAAUAAGGGUAGCUGCGAUCGGUUGAGCCCUUCGAUUCCAGAAACGCUGUGUGUAGAUUUUUCUCGCUCGAAGGCGCACGAAUUGAAGGCCGCAUUUUCGGAACAAACAAUUGGGGCUGAAGCCGAAAGAAACUUCCGACGCACGAUUUGGGAGGAAAAGCCAGCCCAAGCGAUCGCUCCCAAUCUACGCUCCGUUGGUGAACCGAAUCCCGUGAGCAACGACGGACAUUCGGUCGUACACGAAGAAGACAACAGACCCCUUAAAGGGGUUUUUAUUUGUACUUAUAGACUGAUUCGUCCGGUCGCUAGACGGAUUGCCUCGGGGAAAGGAGAGCCACCGGCGCGCUUCGGUGUGAACCAUCAUUCCGGCAUCGUGUUCGGAAGACAAACGGUGUGGUCGGGCCAGAGGAAGCGGCUGCAAGGAACACCGAGUGACGAGGAGCAGCGUCGAUACCAUUCAGGCCGAUCAGUGGAAGGGGACCGGGGUGGUGUCCCACGGGAGCAACACGUCCGAAGGUCGAAGUCGUCACCAGUCACCCACGGUGGUCCGAAUCAGCAUAGUUCCCGAAUCAGGUGUGCGAUGUGCUCGUGCGUUGUGCGACCGAGGAAUGCAUUGAAGAUGGUGCGAUGCAGUAGGUCAGGUAGUCACUUAUAGGACGGGCCCGUAAGUAAAGAAAGAUAAUUAGCUUCUAAGAACAUGAUUUAGUCAGGCCUUGAUGCCUUGAUGGGUCGAUAGGAGCUAGGAAGGUGGGAGAAAGCUCGAUGGGUGUAAUAAAGUCUUUGUAAAAUGUAAGCUUUAUGAGUUGGUGCAUUUUGCCUUUGAGUGUUGAUUGCUGAAAUACUUCCGCAUAUGAUAGUUCUGCUCUACCGCUACCGGGGAACUUGCAACAACCCUCAUAUUGAAAACAAAAAUGUUCAUAAAAUGAAGCAACAGUUAAUUGCUUCAUUUUAUAAACAUUUUUGUUUUCAAGCGUUGAGUUGAGCAACAUUUGUUCUGACCUUGGAAAAUAUUAAACACUGCUCUUUCUUAAAUUCUUAAAAUCCUUAAAGCAUCUCGGCGGGACCAGAUACUUUCUGUGUGUAUUAUGUGAUUAUAACUACCCCCUUCCUCUUCCCUCUGAGAAGUAACACAUGAUUUACAUGAUCCUUGAUUGGUCCCACACUUCCAAAAUCCUGCUCCACUUGGUCAAACAACCUAGCUCGUUGCGC